AUGGCCUCAAUGGAAAUGCAUUCAUUUAAUCGCGAUAUGCAACCGUUGAUGGAUGAAGGAGCCACGCAAAUGAUCGAGGAACGCGUGAAUACCGCAUUUGGAGCGAUUAAAGUGUCGAUCUAUGGCGAUCCGAACGAUAAAUCGAAAAUUCCGAUUGUGACUUUCCACGAUCUUGGGCUUGAUUCGGAGAGCAACUUUCAAAACUUCUUCCAAUUCGUCUCAAUUGCCGAAUUUGCUGAUAAGUUCUGCAUCUACAAUAUCAACGCGCCCGGACAAGAAAUGGACGCGAAACCGCUUCCGGAAAACUACGUUUAUCCAACAAUGGACGGACUAGCGAAAAUCGUCGAAUCGGUCGCCGAGCACUUCAAACUUGAUCAAUUCAUUUGCUUCGGCGUCGGCGUCGGCGCCAACGUGUUGCUGAGAUACGCGUCCAACAACCAGAAUCGAGUGAUCGCGUUGAUAUUGGUGAAUUGUUGCUCGGGAAAAGCGGGAUGGGUCGAAUGGGGCUACGAGAAGGUGAACGUGAGAAAUUUGCGCGGAAGCGGCGUCACAAAUUUCACCAUCGACUACCUUCUAUGGCAUCAUUUCGGACGGCGAAUCGAUCAGUGCAGCUCGGAUAUUGUCCGACAAUAUCGUGUGUUCUUCCAGCACCUUCCCAAUCCGCAAAAUCUUGCAAGCUUCAUCGAGAGCUACAUUGAACGAACACCAUUGAACAUCUCGCGAGACGGAUCGACGGGAGUUCAACUCAAAGUUCCCGUAUUGCAAAUUGUCGGCGCUGGAAGCGCGCACGUCGAGGACACCGUCGAAGUCAACACGAAAUUGGAUCCGGCGCACGCCGACUGGGUGAAAAUCUCCGACUCGUGCGGUCUGGUGCUCGAUGAUCGGCCGGAGGCGGUGACGGAGAGCCUGAUGCUCUUCCUGCAAGGCCUCGGCUAUUUUCCGACGAUGAACGUGAUGAAAUUGAUGAAGCAGAUGCAGGAGACGCAAAACGGGCAAGCGUUCGCGUCGUCGAUCACCGAAUCAAAUGAAUAUUAA